AUGGCUUCCGAUAAUCCUGCCUGGGAGGCUGGUGGCUCCAGCUACAAAAUUCGCGUCGGCGCUGUUACCGCUAUUUGUGUGAUCUACGGUGUGUUUGUUCUCGUCACAAUGGCAAUGUUCCUGAUACAAUCGGCAAGAAAAAACAUCGAUCUGUCAAGGCGCUCGAUCGUGCUAGUCACGCUGCAGGCCGCCGGCGCGUUCAUGGUCGGCACCAUUGCGCUGGCCCACACCGCUUUAAAAGAGGUCCCCUGCUUUAUCAGGCUGUGGAUGGUUAACCUUGGCUUCAUCCUAUGCAUGACCGCACUGUUUGCGCGCGUUGUGCAGUUCAUUGUGGUGUCCAGGACGCACAUGCUCUACGGGCAGCUGCGCCGCUCCACUUCGGUCGACCGCACAUCCGCCGAUAGCAUCAGCUCGGAGAAACCGCUUCUAGGCGACCUGGAUGUACACGAAAUGAAAGCACUGCCGCCGCUGCAGAAUUCAGUCUACAAGAGAAUGCAUCGGUAUAUGAAGCUGCACAGGUUUGUGUCAAACAAGGCCCUGGCCAUCUUCAUCGGCGCGGUGAUGCUGGCUGCAAUUGUGCUUACGUUGACAAUCAACCUCACCAACAAGGACUACUCGCUGAAGCCCAUGAGCACGGACUGCCCAAUGUACUGGGGCAUGGUCCCAGUCAUGGUCAUCAUUGCAAUCUACCUCCUGUUCCUUAACCCGAUCCUGCUCACACGUGUGUGGAGAAUGCACGAUGCGUAUGGAAUCAAGGUGGAUCUGAUCGUCUGCGAGGCGACUGGCCUGAUUGGGCUGGUGAUGUUCCUGAUCUGGGAGCUGGCACUCGGCGACCUGCACACGCGCUGGUCGGGUCUGUUCUUUGUCUGGGUCGCGACCGUGAUGAUGCAUAUCUCGGCUGUCGUGGUACCGCUGGUGCGCGCCAUGAAGAAUGCCCACGUCAUUCGUAUCCGCAUGCGCCACGGCCGACUGCCAAUUGAGAUGGUGGUUAGCGAGGUCGAGGACAUGCGGCGCGAAUUUGUCGACAUGCUCAAUUCGCCGCCCGAGUACUGCAAGUUCCGCGAGUUCACUGCCACGUGCUUCUGCUCCGAGUUCACAGCCUUCCUCGACGAGUACCAGGAGCUAAAGAUCCAAACCAUCCUGGCUCUGCGCCGCAUGCACGAGUACCAGGAAAUCGACAUUUACAACGUCCACUACCCGCUCGACAAGACUAGCUUUUACAGCGACGACAGCAAUCGUCCCCCGACCCCGAUCAAGAAGUGUGUGCAGUCCAGCCCCACCAUCAGCAUCCUGGGUGCUGUGCGUGCUGCAUUCCCUCGUGCUAGCUUCGACUCGACCACGCAGUUCCCGGUUCCAGUCAUGGACCGUCUGGUCACGAUUUUCUCCAUGUAUGUCAACGAGGAGUCGUACAUGGCCCUGAACCUGCCGCUAGUUAUUAUUGAGCGUGUACGCACCCGCCUGGAGUCCAAGGACCUGUCACUCGUCCUUCUUGAUGAGGUCAAGGAGGAGGUUAUGGUCAUGCUGUACGCGGAUGUGUUUGCCAGAUACCGCAGGGAGAUGUAG